GCACCAUGAACGAGGCGACCGACAUCAACAAACUCUGCGCUUCGGUCCUGGAUGACUUGGCAAAAAAUAUUCAGGAAUAUCCCGAGAUUUUUUCAGACGACUUGCCAAGUGGACUGCGACCCGAACGACCCCAAGACCACGAAAUCAAGCUGGAGCUCGGCACGCAGCCUACUGUACGAACUCAAUGGCGCUUGACUCAGCCUGAGCUACACGAAUUACGGAACAAACUUGACUACCUGCUGGCAAAAGGGUUUAUUCAGCCGAGCACGUCCCCGUUAGCAGCACCGAUCCUGUUCACCCCAAAGAAGGACAGUGGACUUCGCAUGUGUACGGACUAUCGUGCCCUUAAUCGGGUAACGAUUAAAUCGCGCUUCCCAAUCCCACGCACGGACGAGCUGAUUGAAAACCUUCACGGAGCUCGCUACUUUUUGAAGUUCGACCUUCGUGGCGGUUACCAUAAAAUUCAGGUGUUCGCUGACGACUGCCACAAGACCGCGUUUUAUAGUCGUUGCGGGAGUUACGAGUACACGGUGAUGUCAUUUGGAUUAACGAAUGCCCCCUCGACAUUCCAGCUCACCAUGAACGGGGUGUUCCGCGAUCUACUUGACAAAUGUGUGAUAAUUUACUUGAAUGACAACCUGAUCUACAGUAAGACCCGGGAGCAACAUUUAAAGGAUUUGGAAGCGGUUUUUCAAUGGCUGCAGCAGAAUCGUCUCAUCACCAAGGGCUCCAAGUGCAAGUUUUUAAAACAAGAACAGGAGUUCCUGGGGCACGUGAUCUCCACGGAGGGGAUUCAAAUAGACCCGAAAAAACUCAGGGCUAUUCAGGAGUGGAAACUGCCAACAAAGCUGCAGCAACUACAAUCAUUUCUAGGUUUUGUGAAUUACGUAAGGUGGUUUAUACCCUUCGUGGCGGGGUUAAUUGGACCUCUAACCAGCCUACUGCAUAAGGGAGCUUCUUACGAAUGGGGGGAGAAGCAGCAAGCUACGUUCGAGGCAUUAAAAACUAUUUUAAUUUCGCCACCCGUACUUCGCAUCGCUGACCCGGAACGGCCCUUCGAAGUCAUCACCAACGCAAGUGACAUCGCCAUUGGAGCAGUGCUCAUGCAAGUUUUCGGCAGUGGUCUUCAACCAAUCGUGUACGAGUCUCGGACAAUGCAAUCUGCUGAGUGCAACUACCGGGUUCACGACAAGGAGAUGCUGGCGAUUGUCCACGCGUUCAAAAUCUAGAGAUGCUACCUGACUGGAGCAGAC